CCCCCUCAGUUAGUGGCCUGUCUCUGGUCUGAGUGUCUUAUCAGUUUCUAAUAUACGGACCCAAUUUCACAUCCACUGCAACCCUACUCUGAGUGGUCCUUAGAUAUUCAUCGUAUAUUAAACUACCAGACAGUAUAGCAGGGUUACAGACAGGAUCUUAGCAGCGAGACAAAGCAGUAAUUGGGAGAGAGUGGCCAAUUGAAAGAUAUCCGCGAGGGUGCUUCAAAUUUGAUGCCUGCACUGAACAUGUGUAGUGUUUUGUUUGUGGGGGGAGGGCAAAGAGAGAUGGGGGAAGAAGAAAGCGGGUUUGUUGAUAUGGAAUGGUGCCUGGCGCUACCGAAGAUUGAGCUCCACGCUCACCUUAACGGGUCCGUCCGAGAUGCCACCUUGCUGGAGCUUGCAAAAGACUUGGGGAACAAAGGUGUUUUAGUUUUCUCCGAUGUAGAGCAUGUAAUCAAGAAAAGUGACCGCUCUCUUGCAGAGUGCUUCAAAUUGUUUGAUUUAAUUCACAUCAUUACAACUGAUCAUGCUACUGUAUCAAGAAUCACCAAGGAGGUUGUGGAAGAUUUUGCAGCUGAGAAUGUUGUCUACUUGGAACUGCGAACAACUCCUAAGACAAAUGAAACGAUAGGGAUGACAAAAAGCUCUUAUGUGGAAGCAGUAAUGAAGGGCUUAAGGGCUGUUGAGACAGUAGAAGUUGUACUCAGUCCAUGUGCAAGUACACUGGAGCCUGAACCGUCAACCUCUGUAAAUGAUGCAUCUACAAAGAAAAAGCAAGGGAGAAUAUUUGUUUGCCUUCUUCUUAGCAUUGACCGUCGUGAGACCACUGCUUCGGCCAUGGAAACGGUCCAGCUGGCACUGAAAAUGAGAAAUCAGGGUGUGGUUGGUCUUGAUCUUUCGGGCAAUCCCAUCACAGGAGACUGGAUAACCUUCUUGCCAGCUUUAAGUUGUGCUAGGGAACAAGGCCUUCCUAUCACACUCCAUUGUGGAGAGGUGCGCAAUCCAAAGGAAAUAAAAGCCAUGUUGGAGUUUUGCCCGGAAAGAAUAGGUCAUGCCUGUUGCUUGGAAGAUGAAGAAUGGAAAAUGUUGAAGUCACUAAAUAUUCCAGUUGAAAUCUGCUUGACAUCUAAUGUUCGGACCAAUUCCAUUUCUUCUCUACAUGACCAUCACUUUGAUGAUUUAUAUCGAGUCAACCAUCCUUUGAUUCUUUGCACUGAUGAUGUGGGCAUUUUCUCUACUAGUCUCUCUCAUGAGUACUACCUUGCUGCUUCAACUUUCGGCCUUAGUAAAGCUCAAAUGUUUGAACUAUCAAGAGGUGCUAUCAGACAUAUUUUUGCACAGGAUGGUGUGAAGGCUUUCUUAAACGAGGUAUUUGAUUCAGCUCAAACUGGACUCCUGUGGAGGAAAUGAUGAUUAAUUGCAAUUAAGGGCUCAAGGUUGUAAGUCACAGGACAUUUCUUCCAUGCAAUUUCAUUCUCAAGCUGAACCUAAGUUUCCUAUAAACAUGGGACAGCUGAUGAUUCUUUAGAUCCUUCAAAUUUUCACAGUGCAUAUUGAAGUUGUUUUCUAAAUUUGUUUCAUUUAUAAAGAUUGAGAACCUUGAAGGCUUGAAUCUUGUAGACAUGAACUUGUGUGGAUUUUUGGUAAUUUAUGGUGGUCCCCACCUGAACAUCAUUGGCUGCAUAAACUAUUGUUUGUGCUUAUAUUUGUGAAUGUAUUAAUUUAGAACAAAUAUUUCUUGA